AUGCAUGAACAACGAAGUAGACAUCAUCAUCACCAUCACAAGAUAUCAAUCAACAACACUGGAAAUACAUCAACAUUAUCGGCGAACAAUAAUAAUAAUGGUAAUGGCAAUAACAAUGGUAAUCGGAGGAUAAAAUACAACUUUUUUCAUAGACUGGAUGGAGUAUCUUCGGGACAGAGAGAAGAGCCAGAAAGUAUGAUAGAAAUAAUGGAAAAGGAGGAUGACCGAGUAAAAAAGGAAGAAGAAACAAGAAAACACUUUGAGGAAAUUCACCGAUUGGAAGAGGAAAUGGAUAAAAGACGAAUAGUAAAGAAUGAAAUGAAAAAUAUGAGAGACAAGAGAAAACAAAAAAGGGAAAAAAGAAUAGCCAUGAAAGUUCUCUUGUUAAUGAAUGAAGAAAGAGCCAAGGAAUUGAAACCUCAAUUCAUGGAAUUCAAACACGGACGUUUAUCAAGAUAUGAUUUUAUGGCAGUUAUGAAAGAUUUUGUAGUAAAAUAUUCGGAAAAGGAUUACGGUUCAUUGAGUGAACCUCCUUCAUCACCAAUUGAGGAGGAGGCUUCAUCCGCAUUGACAUAUACUGAAUACUUUCAAAAUUCAUCAGAGGAUGAGAGAAAUUUGGUUUUAAACUUGUGCGAGCUUUUUAAUGAAAUUGAUUUUACUGGAGAGAAGUAUAUAACUUGGGAUGAUUUCAUGUCAUACUUGUUGGAUGCUGUUUCGGAUCAAUCAUCUAAGGAAGAUCAAAUCAAAGAAUAUGGCCUCUCGUUUACAUCUCCUGGAAGUGAUAUCGAUGAUGCAAUCAAAAAGAUUUGUUAUUUUGAUAACUGGGACAAGAUAGUGACAUGUGGAAAAACUAAAAGAUGUAGAAUUUAUGAGGCAAAAGAUAUGUCUGUUGUUGCAUCUCUUCCAGACCAUGAUGGUGCAAUUUUAGAUGCAGAAUAUUUACCAAAUCCUUAUAAUUUAUUAGUGACAAGUUCUGCAGAUCUGAGUGUUCGUUUUUGGAAUACAUCAAGGCUAGAGUUUGAUUUGGAAUAUUUGGAACAGCAAGAUGUUACUCAAACAGCCAUUAAAUUUUAUCCAAGGAAUAAUAUUCUAUUCACAGCAUCAAGAACUGGUGAUCUAACAUACUGGGUUCAUGGUAUUCCUCCAAAUGACUAUAGAAAAAAAGCUCAUCUAGACAAAAUUACAACAAUAGGUGUAACUCCAAAGUAUCAAAAGCAACAAAAUAAGGAUAGUUCAAGGGAGGUUUUCUAUCAAAGCAGGAGGAUACCAAAUCUCCAUCAAGAUGUCAUUACAGAUAUGAUAGCCCUUCCAAUGGAUAAUAGAGUAGUGACAAGCUCUCUAGAUUCUACAAUCAAAAUUUUUGAUGUGGAAAAGGAGGUGAAAGUGAAAGAGUUUUUAGGCCACAACAAGGGUGUUGUUUCCAUAGCAUGGACUAACGAAUACCAUUUCUUAAUUAGUGCUGGGUCUGAAAGAGAGCCUCUUGUAUGGAUUGCCAAUGUGGAAAAUAGAUCACCAUUCAGAUUGAGAGAUCAAAGAAGCCCUCACCAACACUCUUUGAUUGGUGUUUAUGCAGUUCCUAAUACUCCUCAAAUUAUUAGUGCUGACCAUAGAGGUUUAAUCAAGAUUUGGGAUAUCAGAACUCACAGAUGCUGUCAAACAAUUUACACAGAGCAAAAUCUUCCCAAAACCGAUUUCCAUAACUUUUACCUGAAUUCUUUUGCCUACAUGAACCAGAGAAAGCAGAUUGUCACUGCUAGUAGAACAAUCAAAUUAUAUGAAUAUGAAAGAACUGAGAAACCAAAGGGUGCCGAUGAUUAUCCACUUAUUUUAGCACUUUAUAAUCCAUCAAAUCUCCAUUUUAUGUCAUGUUCCAGAAAAGGAGUCAAGCUGUGGGAUGCUCUUAGUGGAGCUUGUUCUAAAAAUUUCAGAAAUAUUUCAACAACAGAUAUUACAGCAGCAUGCAUUGAUGACAGAGGAAGAAAGUUUAUUGUUGGAAAUCAUUCAGGAGAAAUUAUUUGUUAUAAUUUCUCUAAUGCCAGUCUCGUUAAACAAAUGAGUAUUUUCCAAAGCGAAAUCACAAGUCUUACAUACUGUGACGAUGGAUCGAAAUGCAUUGUUGUUGGUUCAGCUGAUGGAAAUGUAGCUAUAGUUUUGGAUAAGACUAAUUAUGAAGUUAAGGAACUCAAAUUUGCCCACAAGACAGAAGUAAAAUGCUCCUCCUUCUCAAGAACCUAUGCUAUAACAGUAACAGGAGACGCUUCAUCUUAUUGCUUCCUUUGGGAUAUGAAAAAUUAUUCCAAAUUGGCAGAAAUCAAAGGUCAAGGUGGUGAAAUUACAGCUCUUUGUUUUAUGGGUGUUUUACCUGCUUUUAUUGCUGCUGAGAAUACUGGACGACUCAUAAUGUAUACAACCAGACCAUUCCAUACACCAAACAUCCCUAUUGUACAGUGGUUCAACGAAUCUAAAACCGAAACAAGACAAGACUCUUCACAAAGCGAUAACAGAUCAUUUAUUACUGAAACACCAGCAACAACCUCUACCCCAUUUUCUAAUUUAUUCUACCCUUCCAUUGUUUUAAAUGAUGACACAUCUAGCUUGAAAUCAGGUAACACAAUUCCAGUUGAACCAAACAGAAACCAACUCUAUCAUAUUGUCACUGCUCUUGAGUAUGAUUUUACAUGUAACAGAUUAAUUACAGGAGACGAGAAAGGUUUUAUUUGUGUAUAUGAUAUGGAGAAUAUUGUUGAGGAAGCUCAGAUUAGAUUAUCUUCAAGAAUGUCUCUAGGUCCAAAGAUUCCACUUUCUGAGAUUUCAAAAUUGAGACCAGAAAAAAUCGCUAGAUUUAAGGCCCACACGGAUGCCAUUUCAAAGAUUCAAAUUAUCAGAGAACCAUAUAGUAUUCUAACUUCUUCAUUGGAUUCUUGUUCUGCCAUUUGGACAUUUAAUGGAGAGUUAAUGGACUCUUUAAGACAAGAAACUAAGGAGUGGAAUGACGUCGAGUUUGAAAAGAUUAUGAACGAUCCAACAAUUGUAAAUCCAAAACCAUUCAAUUUCCCUAUUAACCUUGAAGAAAGAAGAAAAGAAGAUGCUCUUACUGUCUCUGGAGUGAUUGAGAAAAUUACAAAACAAUUGAGAUUAAUCGGUAUUUGGAAAUCUACGACUAGAGAAAGCAAUUCAUCCAAGAAGGAUGUUAUAUCCAUUCUUAACACAUUUGAAAAGUCAUCUUCUUCAGCCAUGUUUAUGCGAAGAGGCUCUAGAUCUAGUCCUCUAACCAGUCCAUCUGUUACCUCUUUCCAAUUCGACACCAAGAAGGUAGAAGAUCAGACACCUCCUCCUGAGGGUGUUUUCAAUAGAAUCUCUCGGUCUCAAUCACCAAUAAGAACGCCAUCACCUUCUCUUCUUUCCACAAUGCCAAACGGAUCCUUCUUGAAACGAAAGUUCAGUACCAAUUCACUAUCCACCAAGUCAGAUUCUGAUUCCACCCACAAUACAGUUCUAGUUGAAAGAAGAGCUACUACUACAGUAACUAAAAGCAGAAAAAAGCCAAUGUUGGCCCUUGUAACACCUGUUAAAAAGUAA